AUGUCUCUCAAAGUAUUAAUAUUAGUGUCCGCUUUAAUAGUUAUAGUGAAUUGUAAAAGUGUGAUAGUGGGUCAAAUAUUAGACCAUAAUAAUUAUGUAAGAAAAGUGCAUGAAAGAACUGUCGAGGCCCAUGCUAUUCCAUUAUUUAAAAGGGAAGAAGAAGUGCAAUUCGAGUAUCCAAUCGCCGAUCAGAAGAUAAAAGGAAUUGCUAUAAAGGAUUUGGAGAAUGGUUUAGCUGAACCUUCUAUAACAAGAGGUGGAAUUGGUUUCAGUUUCGUUAAUAUUAAACUGAAGAGUGAACGGGGAUCUGGUUAUAAGUUCCUUAUAGAAAUUUAUGCUUAG